CAGUUGUAGUUUCCGGGGGAGUGUUUACGGUGAAACACUAAAUGGGAACACUGGUUUGCCUACCGCCAAUGAAAACUAUAGAAGACAUUCUGCUUGAGUUUUAGUGUGUUUUUAUAUUAUACUUAUUUUAUGCUUGUAUUCAUAUUAUUGUGCGGUGUGCUUGUUUUUUCUACGUCGUAUCAGUCCUAAAUGAGUUUGAAAGGAGACAGCGUUAACCACAGCUACAGCAAACGGAAUGUUGCGUAUGUUUUUAGCCAGGAAUACAUUGAAACUUGCGAUUCGUUAUCCAAAGUGCCAAACCGGGCGAGUAUGGUCCACUCACUGAUAGAAGCCUAUGGACUCCUCAAACAUAUGAGCAUUGUAAAACCUCAAGUGGCUUCUAUAGAGGACAUGGCCAUGUUCCACACAGACUCCUACCUGGAGCAUCUUCACAAGAUCAGCCAGGAUGGAGACAAUGAUGACCCACAGUCAGUUGACUAUGGCCUGGGUUACGACUGUCCAGUGGUGGAGGGUAUAUUUGAGUAUGCCGCAGCAGUAGGGGGCGCUACGCUCACAGCCGCCCAGUGCCUGCUGGACCAGACGAGCGACGUGGCCAUCAACUGGGCGGGGGGGUGGCACCACGCCAAGAAGGACGAGGCGUCGGGCUUCUGCUACGUGAAUGACAUCGUGUUAGGGAUUCUUAAGCUGCGGGAGAAAUAUGAUCGAGUCCUUUACGUGGACGUGGACCUGCAUCACGGAGACGGUGUGGAGGAUGCCUUCAGCUUCACGUCUAAAGUCAUGACGGUCUCCCUGCACAAGUUCUCCCCGGGAUUCUUCCCAGGUACAGGGGAUGUGGCCGAUACCGGAUUGGGUAAGGGCCGCUGGUACGCCAUCAAUGUGCCACUGGAGGACGGCAUCCAGGACGACCGAUACUUCCAAGUUUUCACCAGCGUGAUGUCGGAAGUGCAUGUGCAGUUCAACCCAGAGGCGGUAGUGAUGCAGCUUGGAGCAGACACCAUGGCGGGCGACCCCAUGUGUUCUUUUAACAUGACCCCGGUGGGCGUGGCUAACUGCCUACAAUAUGUUCUGCAGUGGCACCUGCCGACGCUGCUGUUGGGAGGAGGGGGCUACAACCUCGCCAACACGGCUCGCUGCUGGACCUACCUGACUGCAGCAGUUCUGGGAAAGCCCCUUGCCUCAGAUAUUCCGGACCAUGAGUUUUUCACAGAAUACGUGCCAGACUAUUCACUGGAGAUCAGCCCGAGCUGUCGACCCGACCGCAACGACAGCAAACACCUGGACCAGGUCAUCAAGACCAUCAAAGGGAAUCUAAAGAAUGUGGUUUAGGAGACGUCCACGCACAGAGUAAUGAAGACAAUAUGGAGUGGAGGCCUUCAGCCCUGUGGUGCGGCAUGGAGAAGCGUUUUGGAAAACACUAGCGGUUUCCAGGGAAGGAUUUUAAU